AUGCUCAUGAGUAUUCUUUUGAUUGCAUUGGACCAAACAAUUGUUGCAACUGCUCUCCCAAUUAUCGCCAGUAAAUUCGAUGCUUUCGAUCAAGUAACAUGGAUCGCCAGCGGUUAUUUCCUAACCCAGGCAGGGCUUAUGCUCACCUAUGGCCAGCUUCUCUCCAUUGCAUCCACAAAAUGGGUUUACCUCGCUGCGGUGGUCCUGUUUGAGAUCGGCUCCUUAUUCUGCGCAGUCGCUCCUAAUAUGGAGUUUCUGAUAUUUGGGCGUGCCUUUGCCGGUGUCGGUGCCGCCGCCCUUUUCGGUACAUUCGGUGCAGUAUUUGCGCUCUCGAGUGUCGUUGGCCCUCUCCUCGGUGGUGCAUUCACCGACCACGUCUCUUGGCGUUGGUGCUUCUACAUCAACCUACCUUUCGGUGCCAUCACCUACGAAGGCAAGACAACCCUUCAGAAAUGGAUUUCGCUCGACUGGGCCGGUUCCAUCCUUGCACUUGGUAUGGUCACUGCCCUGCUUCUCCCUCUUCAGUGGGGUGGAAAUGAGCGCCCAUGGAAUGACAAGGUCGUUAUCGCACUCUUUUGUGUGUUCGGCGUCCUCUUGCCCGCAUUUAUCGCAUGGGAAUACAAGCUUGGCGACCGCGCCAUCAUGCGCACUUCGAUGUUCCGUCGUCGCACUCAAAUUGGUACUUGUCUUGAAGCCUUCUUCGUCAUGCUGGCUCUCUUACUCGGCACAUAUUACCUCCCCAUUUAUUUCCAAGUCGCCAAGGGCCAUUCUGCUACUCGCUCUGGUAUCGAUAUUCUCCCCUUCAUGCUCAGCGUCGUCAUUGCUGCCGGUGGAUCCGGAGGUGUGAUCAACAGCACCGGUCGCUACUGGCCCUUCCUUGUCGGUUCGCCUCUUCUGAUCUCGGUCGGCUCGGGGUUGCUUUACACCCUUGACAUCAACUCCGGGUCAGGCAAGGAGAUCGGUUUCCAAAUCCUUCUUGGCGUUGGUAUCGGCGGUGCCCUCCAAAACACGGUUAUUGCGAUCCAAGCCGAGUAUGCCCACGAAGAAGAGUUGAUCCCUCAAGGCAGCUCGCUCGUCACUUUCACCCAGCUUAUCGGCGGUAUCAUUGGUAUCGCUAUUGCCGGGUCUAUUCUUGCCAACCAGAUGAUCAAAUACCUCGCUAUCUAUGCUCCCGACUUGCCCCAAGAGGUUGCCAAUGCCGUUCGCCAGAGCGUAUCGCUCAUCUUCACUUUGCCCGCCGAACAACAGGAGCCCGUCAUCCGUGCAUACUUGAAGGCGUUGAACAGUGUGUUUUUGAUCGGCGUCCCCACUGGUGUCUUGGCCUCGCUUUCCGCCUUGUUCGUCAAGAACUACAACUUGAAGGCGAUGGGAAUCAAACCCGGUGCUGCUGCCGCCGCUUAA